UGCUUGGAUUCCAUAUGAUACUAGUCCUAGUCCGGGACGAACUAACUAACGGUUUCAAACUCGGGUUGCAAAGCCUUAACUUGGAAUCGCUAGGAAACCCGUUCUUGGACAUAUGAUCUUAGGAUUUCGGAUCUGAUCUGGGAACCUCGGAUCAAAUGUUCGGGCACGUGGUAGUAGUAUCUUCGAUCUGGUUAGAGUUCUUUAGUUCGUCGUGCAUGUUCUUGUUUGAUUGGUGCAUGGCAAACUAUUUAACUUUUAUUUAUUCCGGAUCGGGGGUGUUACAACGAAGGUGGUAUCAGAGCAUGGUUCACUUUGCUCACUUGGGAACCUGUUUUCAAUAAUUUAUCGAGGCAAAGGUGUCGCAAAAGGUAGAAUAGGAAACCAACAUGCUCCUUUGUUAGAUAAGUUGAGAUUAGUACUUACCCUGGGUUGUACUGCAGUAUGUUUCCAAGACGUACAAGGAGUGAGGAGCCAAUGAUGACAUCACCAAGAUAUGGACAACGUAAUUCUGAAAACCACAGAGUCUAUUCAAACCUUGAGGUAACAGAUGAUUCUGCGAUAGCACAAGGAAAUAACCAUUGCUAUGAACACGAACAUGAGUCGACCGGGAGAAAUCCGACGGAUUCACAUAUGGGCUAUGAGCAAGAAGAACGAUAUGAGGAUCUGAGGGAGAGGAAUCAAGCACCUGAUAUGUAUGGAUCAAGGCGGAAUUUUGCAACAACACAUAAUCCAAGGCAGAAUGAAUCUGAGUUCAUGCACCGGGAAAGAACGCCCGAGCCACGUUGUAGGCAAGAACAGAGGACAGCUGGGAGUUCUGAUCCUCUUAUAGUAUUAGUACAAGGCUUGCUAGAUAGACUUGAUCAUAGAACCGGUGAAUUAUCAGAGCGAAGACCAUCCUCCCCUCCUGAUUACCUGAAGAUGGUCACGUUAAUGAAGAAAUUUGGAACCGUUAGAUAUCCUGGAGGAACAGAUCCCUUCGAAGCGUCAACAUGGCUGAGGAAUUUGGAGAAAAACUUUCGGGCGAUCCACUGCCCUGAUAAUUUCAAGAAGGAUGUGGAAAUAUACUACUUGACCAAAGAUGCUUCUGAUUGGUGGGAUAACGUGGAAGAAUACUAUAUGGGAAGAGAGAUCGAUUGGGAAGAUUUUAAAACGGAAUUUGAACGGAAAUACUUCCCACCUGAAGCAAAAGACCGGCUGGAGAUUCAAUUUUUGGAGUUAACUCAAGGCAACCGGAAAGUCAGGGAGUAUGAGGCAGAGUUUACAAAGCUAAGGAAAUAUUCUCCUUAUGGAGCAAGGAAUGAAGGUGCACUAAUUCGAAGGUUUAUAAGAGGAUUGCGAGCGGAUUUGGCUAGCCGACUGCAAGUAGUGAAGUUUCAUAGCCUUUAUGAAUUGGCGGAGAUAGCGGUAAAUGUUGAAGAAGGUAUGGAAAAGGAGCAAGCCAUGAUGAAACAUGCAGAGCCAUCUCGCAGAACUGAAGUGCUAGGAGUACGAAGAAUGAAUAAUAAAGGACAAUUUAAUCGAGGGAGAGGCCAAGGAAGAAGGAAUGACAGACGGUUUACGAAUGGCCCAGAUGUGUGUUACACUUGUGGUGGUACAGGACAUUUUUCUAGCAGUUGUCCUUAUAGUCAGGGAAGAAAAGCCCCUGAUUAUAUUACUUGCUUCUCGUGUGGUGAGAAAGGGCAUUAUGCCAACAGUUGUCCCCAUAAGAGACAAGUUACGCUUCCAGCACCACCCACUAGACUAGCGAUUGAACCAGCCCCGAAGCGCCAGGCAGUUGGAAAGCAAGUGAAUGCUUUAGAGUUAGGAAAACCCGAACCACAACAGCCCCAUCAGGGACCGAUCACAGGUAAGUAGGGUUUUAACU